AUGGGCCUGAGCUCCUCCACGGCGCGGCCCAGGGUGACCAGGGUGGCCCCGGUGCCCACCCGGGGGGACGUGUCCCCUCUGCCUGCCCUGCCAGGCCAGCCCCCAGCCUGGGGAAAGCCCAAAUUCCAGCUGGAGCUGCCUCCUCUGCGGGAGACCUGGUACGGGAGAGCCUCUGCAGGGCCCCUCUCUUGGAACCCCUUGCCAGGACAGGAUGGGACCAGCAUCAUCAAGCAGCACCCACCUCGAAGGCCUCAAAGGCUUGAACCUGCCAUCCCUCCACAAGCAAUCACGCCUGUGAAGCCCUGGAGUCAGCCAGAAGUGGCUGCAAGCCCAAAACCAAAGGUGCUGGAGAAGAGGGGGCAAGGCCUGAAUCCCCUCCCUGGCAGGAGGCAGCACUUGCACAAGCUCCAGAUGCUGGACUUGACCCGCAAGCGGCGAGAGGCAGAGCUGAAGAGGAAUCUCCACAGGGAGGUGAAAAUCAAUAAGCAAAACAUCAAGGAAUUCAGCCCCAAGGAUGUCCUUGACACUCCCCAGAGAGGUGGCAGCACCAGAAGCCCAGACCCCAUCCCUGCUGAGCACAAUCAGCGUUUUCCUGAAGACGACCCUGGAAACACGUGGGGUGGAGGACUCUGCAGGGCUGAAGCCUCUCCAGACAGGAGGGGGAAGGUUGACCUGUGGCUCUGCAGGGAGCCACGGACCAGGGAUCCGUUCUGGGACUCCUCCAGCACCAGCUCAGAGGAGUGGGAGAGAGAAAAGAGGAUGCACCACAAACCCACGCUUGUGAGGACCAAGACAGAGAGAUUUUCCCUCUUUGAUGACUUCUUUGACAGGGAUUUCUAGUGGCAUGUGCCAAAGAAACAAGCCCCAGCUCUGGAGGGGCUGGAAUGCCCCAGAUGGAUGGGCUGGGGGUGGAGACAGAGAGUGUGGAGGAGUGAGGGGAAGAUAGGAAAAGGCAGAUAUUUCUAGUUAAAAAAUACAAUUUAGAGCUAAAGGGGACAUUGCAAUUAAGUUCUGUACCUGUCCCAGAUGCCAUCCUUGUUCUAGACCACAGUGCCCUGACUUCUAAACCAGGGAUGUGAUUGUGGCUUCUAUUUUAUUAUAGAAUCAUAGAAUGGUUUGCAUUGGAAAGGACCUUAAAUAUCAUCUAAUUCCAACUCUGUAAGUGUUGGAAGUGGAAUUUCUGUGAGUGUGGGCCAGUGGAAAGGACAUCUGGAAAUGAGGAGCUCCCUGAUGUGGGGUGAACAAAAACCCUCUGGGCUGUGUGGUUAAAUCAGAAUAUCUGGGGAAGAAAGCUUUGGGUGGAGCAACAGUGAAAGGGGGGUAGAGAGAGGAGGAAGGAGCUGGCAAAAAAAACCCCAAACAAAACAACUGAGCAGAAGCUGGGGAAAGUUCUGGGUUAACCCCAGAUAUUAAAUUUCAGCUGAAAUGAAA